GAGUACCAUUGAGAGAGACGAUGGUGGCGAGUCCACCCAUCUGUAAAGACCCAGCGUCCGAUUACCAAGCAAGGACGCUUCAUGAGCCGCACGAUUUGCUUCCCGGGGAAUCCAUUCCCAAUCAAUUUGAUUGAAGAAGCUCCUUCUCCAUUUUAAUUCUUCAAAAAUCAGAUGAGUUCUCCAAUUCUUCCCAGUGCUAGUUGAAUUUAAAUCAGAUAUGAGGUUGAGUGAGUCUGAUUGAACUUUGAUUUUCUUCAGGUUCAUAUCGGCAGCCAAAUCCAAACACAGAAGGAGAGCUUGUGCUUCAGCCAUUUUGACAGAGCUAGAGCGGGAAGAUGUAGCUCCACCUCCUUCACGGUUCCUAGAUGAUCCCUGAUUACCACCCCCAGGCCACUCGAAUCUGGUUCGUGUCAGGCUGCAUCACAGUUCACCGCCAUCACACCAAAGGGAGGAAGAGACCAAGUCGGAGGAGGGGCUCUGCUCCGCUUUGACUUGAGUAAAGAUGAAGCCUCCAUAAACUCCAUUACCGAAUUUGUACUGUGGCUAAUCACUAUCUUGGGGGAAGGCUGGCUGUUCUGGUAGACAAAAUUGCAUAUGGCUUUCCAAAUAGCCCAACAGGUGAAACUGAUCAAGUUCAAGAAGAACACAACCAUGUCACCCCCACCUGGGAAAUGAACAGUGAUCUCUUAGCUUCCAUGUAUCAGAAGAUCGCAGACCCUCCACGACUCCUCAGCAACGCUGCCGGCAAAGCCUCCUGUUGCAUCUUCCGAGUCCCGCAGAGCCUCCUCGAGAUAAACGGCAAGUCUUACCAGCCCCACAUCGUCUCCAUCGGCCCCUACCACCGCGGGGAGCCCCACCUCAGAAUGAUCGAGGAGCACAAGUGGCGCUACCUGGGCUCUCUGCUUUCAAGAACAGAGCCCAAAGGGUUGACUCUCCAGCACUACUUGAAGUCCAUAGAGCCAAUGGAAGCUAGAGCCAGGGAGUGUUACUCUGAGACCAUCCAUCUCAGCACUGAUGAGUUCCUAGAAAUGAUGGUUGUUGAUGGUUGCUUCUUGAUUGAGUUGUUUCGAAAAGUUGGGCAUGUGGUUCGGUUUGAGCGUGAUGAUCCACUCAUUAAUAUGUUUUGGAUACUACCGUUUAUGGUCAGGGAUUUUCUUCGACUUGAGAACCAAAUGCCCUACUUUGUUCUUGAGCACUUGUAUGAUCUGAUAACCAAGGCCGAAGAUCGUAAAGACUCUGUGAAAUCCUUGUCCUUGCUUGCUUUGGAAUUCUUCAACAACCAUAUGAUGAGGCCUGCCCCUGUCAUAGAAAAGCUCCAUAGUCUUACAGGUAUGCAUUUGCUUGACUUGUUGCGGUCAAGUGUGAUACCAGCGGGUUAUGCAGAGCCACAAAGAAGAAACAGUGCACCAACGCACAUAAUACAUUGUGUGUCUAAGCUUCGUCGCGCUGGUAUCAAGCUCAAUGUUAAGGAAUUCGAAAGCUUCUUGGUGGUCAAAUUCAAGCGUGGAGCGAUCGAGAUGCCAUCCAUCACAAUCGACGAUUUCAUGUGCGCUUUCUUGUUGAACUGCGUGGCCUAUGAGCAGUGCCACAAGUCAUGCUCGAAACAGAUCACCACUUAUGCCACAUUCCUCGAUUGCCUCGUGAACAGUUACAAGGAUGUCGAGUAUUUGUGUGACAGAAACAUAAUGGAGAAUUGCUAUGGGAACGAUGGGGAAAUUGCUCGUUUCAUUAACAAUAUGGGGAAGGAUGUGGCUUUUGAUUAUGAUAGGUGUUAUCUGUCGAAAUUGUUCAAUGAUGUUCAUCAGUAUUACCGGAAUAGUUGGCAUGUUCAAUGGGCUAGCUUCAAGUACAGAUACUUUGACACACCGUGGUCAUUUGUUUCGGCCUUUGCUGCUUUAAUUUUGCUCAUACUGACAGUGCUGCAAACCGUAUACUCUGCUUUAAGUUAUUAUUAUUCUUGAGAUACAGAUAUUUUUGCUGUAUAAAUAGAUUUUAUAGAGAAGUCUUCUAUGUUCUUUGACAUGUAUCCACGAUUGACACUCAAUAGAAUAUACCAUUAUUUACUCUCA